CCCUCCUCCCGCCUCUCCGCCUACUCCUACCUCCGCCGCCUCAGCUUCCCGAGCGAGCCCCGCGGCCGCCGGAGCAGCUCCCGCGGCGGAGCCGGAGCCGGAUGGUCAGAGGAGCCCGGCAGUCCCAGCAGCCGCGGAGUCGCCUGGCCCCCAGACUGACUGGCACAGUGGAGAAACCGCCUCGAAAACGGAAAAGCAGUUUCAGUCUGCUGUUUUUCUGGGAAGACAAAUGAUAUGUUCAGGAUCCUGCUUCUGAUAAUGAAUAAACUUUCCAAUCCUGUCCUUUUUGAAACUGUGCCAUGCUAGCAUAAUAUAUACUUUGCAGUUGUAUCCUCUCCACUGGAUUAUAAACCAGCAGGACUGAAUUUGCACUUAAAGAAAUCAUGUCCUCUGGAGGUGCUGAAGAUGACAUCCCCCAGGGAGAGAGGAAAACUGUGACAGAUUUCUGUUAUCUUCUGGAUAAAUCUAAGCAGCUGUUCAAUGGGCUAAGGGAUUUGCCACAAUAUGGGCAGAAGCAGUGGCAGUCCUAUUUUGGAAGAACUUUUGAUGUUUACACCAAACUCUGGAAGUUCCAGCAGCAGCAUCGACAAGUCUUGGAUAAUCGAUAUGGCUUGAAGCGGUGGCAAAUAGGGGAAAUUGCUUCUAAGAUUGGGCAGCUAUACUACCAUUAUUACCUACGCACAUCUGAGACCAGCUACCUGAAUGAGGCGUUCUCAUUCUAUUCCGCAAUCAGACAGAGGUCAUAUUAUUCCCAAGUCAAUAAGGAGGACAGACCUGAGUUAGUAGUCAAGAAACUACGAUACUACGCAAGAUUUAUAGUAGUUUGUCUUCUUCUCAACAAAAUGGAUGUUGUGAAGGAUCUGGUAAAGGAAUUGUCAGAUGAAAUUGAGGAUUAUACUCACCGUUUCAAUACUGAAGAUCAAGUGGAAUGGAACCUGGUGCUUCAAGAAGUAGCAGCUUUCAUUGAGGCUGAUCCUGUAAUGGUAUUAAAUGAUGAUAAUACUAUUGUCAUCACAUCAAAUCGCCUCGCCGAGACAGGAGCCCCGUUGCUGGAACAGGGCAUGAUUGUGGGACAGUUGUCUCUGGCCGAUGCACUCAUUAUUGGUAAUUGUAACAACCAGGUGAAGUUCAGUGAACUAACUGUAGACAUGUUCCGGAUGUUACAAGCCCUGGAAAGGGAGCCAAUGAAUUUAGCUUCCCAGAUGAAUAAGCCAGGGAUGCAGGAAUCUGCUGACAAGCCUACAAGACGAGAAAACCCUCACAAGUAUCUGCUCUACAAACCAACCUUCAGCCAGUUGUACACAUUCUUAGCAGCCUCUUUUAAGGAGCUGCCUGCCAAUAGUGUGCUUCUGAUUUACCUGUCAGCCACUGGCGUUUUCCCCACAGGUCGUUCUGAUAGUGAAGGUCCUUAUGAUUUUGGAGGGGUACUAACUAAUAGUAACCGGGAUAUUAUCAAUGGAGAUGCUAUCCACAAACGAAAUCAGUCCCACAAGGAAAUGCACUGCCUCCAUCCUGGGGAUCUCUACCCUUUCACAAGGAAGCCCCUGUUUAUCAUUGUGGACUCAUCCAACAGCGUCGCUUAUAAGAAUUUCACAAACUUAUUUGGACAGCCACUAGUCUGCUUGCUUUCUCCUACAGCAUAUCCAAAAGCUUUGCAAGAUCAAUCUCAAAGAGGCAGCCUCUUCACUCUCUUUUUGAACAAUCCGCUAAUGGCCUUCCUAUUUGUCUCUGGAUUGUCAAGCAUGCGUAGAGGCCUAUGGGAAAAGUGCCAAGACUAUCUUCGAAAAAUCAACCGUGAUAUUGCGCAGCUACUGACCCAUUCCCGUUCAAUAGAUCAGGCAUUUCUCCAGUUUUUUGGGGAUGAAUUUCUUCGCUUGCUUCUCACAAGAUUUAUCUUUUGUUCAGCCACCAUGAGGAUGCACAAGAUUUUUCGGGAAACACGAAAUUACCCAGAAUCCUAUCCACAACUGCCAAGGGAUGAAACAGUGGAGAAUCCUCAUCUACAGAAGCAUAUUUUGGAAUUGGCGUCCAUCCUGGAUGUGCGAAAUGUGUUCCUUGAGAAUGCCAUAGAUGACUAUUGAAACUCGCAUCCUCUUGUUUAAACAGUUUUUCAUUUGCCACAGAUUAUAAAUGGUGCCGUUUUCUAAUGUGAUGACAGACACAUAGUGGUGUUACUUAGUUUUUAUUUUUUAAUUUAAGACCACCAUUUUAAAAACAAACUGAAAAAAUAAAUGCUCACACUUUUAGGA